AUGGUCCUUCUUCGUUACGGCGUCACCUACCUCAUCCAGCAUCCACCACCUCCCAACGCCGACAGCCACUACCUCGAGCUUGACACCCAUGUCGUCCUCGCCAUGUACGCCACCCUUACAGAUCAGAUCAUCGAUCAUGUGAUCGGCGCCACCACCACCUAUGCUCUCUGGACUCGGAUCCAAGACUACUUCCUUGCCAAUCGUGCGGCCCGCUACAUGAUUCUGAACCGGCAGUACCGCAAUCUCAAGCAGGGUGACCUUUCCGUCGACGAGUACGCGCGCCGCAUGAAGCUUCUCACCGCCGGUCUCGCGGACAUUGAUCAUGCCGUCACCGAGGUCGACCUCACCACGCAGUUUCUACACGGCCUCGACGGGCGCUUCGACACCAUCCGUGUGACCGUCUUCUCGCGCGUCAAACUCGCCGAGGAGAACCAGGCUCAGCGCGCCUCCGACACCAGCGCCACUGUGCUCGCUGUCCACGGGAGCGGCGGCACCCCCGAAACUGGCGGCUCCUCCGGGCCUUCCUGCUUCCCCAACAACGGCGGAUCCGGCCCCCGCUCCGGUGAGCGCGCGGAUCGGUCUUCGGAUCGGGGCUCCAACCUGCAGCACGGUCGUGGCAAUGGCCCUUCUCGUCAAGGCGAUGGUGGUGAGCGUGGCCGCGGGCGCGGCCAUGGGCGCGGCGACUCGGGCGGUCGUGGCCACGCCCUGCCGGCCUACAACCCCUACAUGGGCUUCUUCGCCCCCUAUGGGAUGGCGAUCCCUCCUCCACGCCCCGUCUGGGUUCCUUCCAAUUCUGCUGGCGUGCUUGGGCCACGUCCGGGAUCCCACGCCCACGCCUAUCCGGUGCAGUAUUCGCCGUACCACGCGCCCUCACCACACCAGCCGCCGUCUUGGGAUCACCUCGCCAUGCUUCACGCCGCCUACAGCUCCCACGGCUUCUCCAACCCCGGGCCCUCCUCCAACGAAUGGUACCUCGACAGCGGCGCCUCCAACCACGUGACCGGCAACUCUGGACCUUUGCACACGGAAAGUCAUCCUGAUCUACGCUAG